AUGGCUGUCUCACCACGCAUCUACCAAUUCCUGGUCUCCAUCUUUGCGUCCCUCGGUUCCUUGCUCUAUGGCUACGAUCUAGGUGUCGUCGCCGAAGUCGUCGCAGCACCAUCUUUCCUCGCUGCAUUUGGCGACAACACGACAAACACUGGACUCGUUGUUUCCCUAUUCACAGUCGGCGCUUUCUUUGGCGCGUUCUGGGCAGGUCCCUGUGGUGACUAUCUAGGACGUAAAUGGACCAUUUUCAUCGGCGGCACUAUUUUUAUCCUGGGAGGUUCGGUACAGACCGCAGCGCAAAAUUAUAGUUAUAUGUUUGGUGGGAGUGUCGGAGCUUUGAUCAUGAUCAUUCCGCUUUAUCAGGCCGAACUCGCACAUCCAAGCAUUAGAGGAAGAAUUACAGCACUUCAGCAGUUCAUGCUUGGAGUUGGCAAUCUCAUCGCAGCAUGGGUGUCAUAUGGAACCUACAUCUCCUUCGACGACAACAACAGCGCACAAUGGAGGAUCGGACUUGGUCUCCAACUCCUGCCUGCAGUGUUUCUGACCUCGCUCAUCCUUCUGUUCCCUGAAUCUCCUCGUUGGCUGAUCCACCACGGUCGCAGCGAAGAAGGAUUAAGAGUACUCGCCCAACUCCACGCAUCCGGAAACGACCAAGAUGCCUUUGUGCAAGAGGAAUACGACGCCAUCACAGCCGCAGUCGAGUACGAGAAGGAGCAUGCCGCAAAGUCGUAUGCCGAGCUUUUCAAGACAAGAUCGAGUUUCCGUCGCUUGAUCACUGCUCUGUCUCUACAGGCUUCUGUACAGAUGAGUGGUGUCUCUGCUAUUCAAUACUACUCUCCGGACAUCUACGGUCAAAUUGGCAUCAACGGUAGUGACACGUUCAUGUUUCAAGGAUUCAAUGCUAUUGUUGCACUAGCCGCUCAAUUCUGCUGCAUGCUCUUCAUCGAUCGCGUUGGCCGUCGCUGGACGCUGAUCGGAGGAAACCUACUCAACAUGGUUACGUUUAUUAUCGCUACUGCCCUUCUCGCAUCCUAUCCUCCCGGCGCCUCUACAAACAGAUCUGCACAAGAAGCUUUCAUCGCCAUGACAUGGCUUUUCAAUUUCUCCUACUCGGUAGCUUGCGGUCCUCUUUCUUGGAUUAUCCCCGCCGAGAUCUUCGACACGCAUACACGCAGCAAAGGUGUUUCUCUCGCCACGGCAUGUUCUUUUGCCUUCAACACCAUGAUCGGUCAAGUCUCUCCCAUCGCUCUGGAACAAACUGCAAAGAGACCUUUGGAAGAUAUGGGACCUUUGUUCCAAAAGAUGCCGUGGUUUGUGCCUGGCAAGUCGAGGAUAUCUUUGCAGCAGUUGUGGGGUGACGAGUGGAAGGGAAGUGCAGGAGAACUGGCCAAGGUCGAGGAGAAAGAGUUGAAAAUUGAGAAGGCGGACGAUUGA